CUGAUGAUAUUCAAAUUGAAAUUGAUGAUACUCUAAUUGAAGGUGAUGAUAAUCUAAUUGAAGGUAGUGAUAAUCUAAUUGAAAGUGAUGAUAAUCUAAUAGAAGUUGAUAAUAAUUCAAUUGAA